UCAGAUCUGGUUAUGAGCUGUUAGCGUUGGCUGCUGCUGAGUUAGCCGCAUCCUUGGUUUAAUUUUUUUGGUUGCAAUUAUGUGUUACAUGGGGCUAACAUCUACAAAAUUAAUUCUGUUCCUGAAAAACAGCAAUUCAGGGACUUCAGCUAUAUGUUGGAUAGUAGGAAGCUUAGUGCUUUAUACAUUGGAAGAGAUCACAGAAAGGCAAAUUCCAUGUCCGUGUACUUCUGCAAACUCAAAUUAUGCGUAUGCUUGUAUGGUCUUCUCGAUACCUGCAGUAGUAUUGCUUCUCAUUGCUAUGAUGUUUCAAUGUAAAGAGAAAUAUGGAAACUUGGAGAGAGAAACUUGGAGAGAAAGCUUGAACUGGCGGAAGUUCGUCAAGGUCAUUUCUGUCAUUUUCUACAAAUCAGUCAGCCUAUCACUAAUAUGGAUCGGUAUUUUGUUUCUGGAUGGUGAUUAUUAUGCCUGUUCUAAAAAAAUGGAUAAUGUGAAAGUGAACAGUACAAUAUGCUCCAAACUCAGCUGCGAAUGGAAUCCCAGUAUUUUUUUACUUGAAUACGGUCAUCUUUGUGAUUAUUCGCGGCUUAUCGGUGUCGGUAUACUUACCACGUGGGUGGUUUUGGCGGGAUUGGUUUUAUUCUGCCCCCUUUGCCAACCUGACGAAGAGCAUCAAACCAAACACAAAUAUCAUAUCAAGUUUAUUAAAGAGACACAAGGACAAGGAGACACAAGGAUUACGGAGACGUUGCCAAGUUCGAGCACUAACGAAGACAAUGUAAUAUCAUUACUGAAAUCAAGACUGCCAACACCUUUUACUGCAACUAUCAAGACUGUUUCAGAUAAAGACGAAUCUACCAUUGAAGUGAACUACACAGUGAGAGAAAAUACGACUGACGAGUCUCAGCAGGAAGCUGAAGGAUCUUGAAAUGAAUCAUCGAAAUAAUAUGAUUGCUUUGAAACAAUGAUGAAGCUGCAAUGAUGAAAAAAAAUGAAGUUCAGAAUGUGAAAUCUGAACAACUGUUCAGAAACAGAACAGGACAAUCUAUAUUUGAGUUGCAACAGCGUCUCUUCUCUUGACAGAGUUUUGAAUUAUAAAUGUUGGAAAUAGAAAAUUGUCUGAAAGCCUCACAAAAGUUUAAUUUUACAUCUUGAAGCAGACAGUAAUUCCUGCAUGAGAAUUUGACAGAUUGUGAUGAUCAAGAUCGACUUGGAAAUUUAAUUGGGCAAUGGGGGAAUUAUUAUGUGGAUUGCAUGUUGUAAGAUCAUUUUUAGGAUGUUAACAUGUUGAUAGAUGAUCGGGGAAAUGGGCAGUAACGGAUUGGAUAGUGGGAGGUGACGUUGAGCAGCUGGGUAUCUGUGGUAAUUUCAAGGUAUAACCUCUGAUUUUGAUGUGGUUGUUUUUAAGUUGAAGACGAAAAGUAAAGUCUGAGAAGAAUGGGAAACCUGUUUUAAAAUCUAAGAAACAGUGUGUUUUUACAUGUCAAAAAAGCCUGCCUUAUUUUUGUGAUUCUUCUCCCAUGGUAAAGAAAAAUAGAAAGUAUUGAAUUAAUACUUCACCCAUGACCUCUAAUUCCAUUAAUUGUCUUCUUUUUCAUCCUUAAUCUUUCCAACCUCUGAUUACCCUGUUUAUUAUUUCUAGACUACUAUGUUUAUAUUCCAGUUAGCUUUCAAUCUCUACUCAUGACUUUUUGGUGUCUUCAUUAUUUUCUUUCUCAUCAGCUCCAACUCCUCACAGACCGCGUUAGGGAACUGGAGCUGGAGUUGGAUGAACUGAGCAUUAUUGGAGAGGCUGAAAGGGUGAUAGAUAGAAGCUACAGGGACGUAGUUACGCCAGCAAUCAGAGAUAGCUGGAUAACAGUUAAAGGUGGGAAGGGGAGGAAGCAGACAGUGCAGGGAUCUCCUGUGGUCGUUCCCCUCAACAAUAAGUAUACAGCUUUGGAUACUGUUGGGGUGGAUGGCCUAGCAGCUGUAAGCUGCAGUGACAAGGUCUCUGGCACAAGGUCUGGCUCUGAGGCUCAGAAGGGAAAGGGGGAGAGGAGGAGAGCGCUAGUUAUAGGAGACUGUAUAGUUAGAGGGACAAACAGGCAGUUCUGUGGACAUGAGCGAGUCUCUCGGAUGGUUUGUUGCCUCCCGGGUACCAGUGUCUGAGACGUCUCGGACCGUGUCUUCAGAAUCCUUAAGGGAGAGGGUGUGCAGCCAGAAGUCGUGGUGCUCAUUGGCACCAACGACAUAGGGAGGAAGAGGCGUGGGAAGGUCAUUCAGAAGCUCAGGGAGUUAGGUUGGAAGCUAAAAGCUAGGAGAGACAGAGUCGUCAUCUCUGGGUUGUUGUCGGUGCCACGUGACAGUGAGGCUCGGAAUAGAGAGAGAGUGCAGUUGAACACGUGUCUGCAAGGAUGGUGUGGGGGGAGGGCUUCAGGUAUUUGGACAAUUGGACUGCAUUCUGGGGAAGGUGGGACCUG